GUUUUGCUCCCUCGUGAUUACACCGCUCGCAAUCUUUCGCUGUUUAUACUCCCAUUUUCUCUCUAUAAGAAAAGUUCGUGUCUGUUUGUUCGUUUGCUGGAUAACCACGAUUGUCGGCGGACGUCUCUCCAACACACCCACUGACUUUUUUGCACCACUCCAUCAAAAAAAAAAAAAGAACAACUCCUACAAUCAUGUCGAAGCUCACUCUGCAGACGCACAACGAUCUGCCUCGCCGCAAGGUGCUGCUGGUGGUGAUGGACGGCGUCGGCAUCGGCCCGGAGGACGAAUAUGACGCCGUGCACAUGGCCAAGACACCUUUCAUGGACGCCAUGCGCAAGAACGCGAAGCACUUCCGCUCCAUCCGUGCCCACGGCACUUCCGUCGGCCUGCCCACGGAUGCCGACAUGGGGAACAGCGAGGUCGGCCACAACGCCCUCGGUGCAGGACGCGUGGCGCUGCAGGGCGCGUCCCUCGUCGACGACGCCCUCGCGAGCGGUGAGAUCUUCCAGAGCGAGGGCUACCGCUACCUCCACGGCGCCUUCAGCAACGAGGGCAGCACCCUGCACCUCAUUGGCCUGCUGAGCGACGGCGGCGUGCACUCUCGCGACAACCAGAUCUACCCGCUCAUCCAGCACGCCGCGAAGGACGGCGCGAAGCGGAUCCGCGUGCACAUCCUCUACGACGGCCGCGAUGUGCCGGACGGCUCGUCGUUCCGCUUCACCGAGGAGCUGGAGGAGGUGCUGGCGAAGCUGCGCAAGGAGGGCUGCGACGCGCAGGUGGCGAGCGGGGGUGGCCGCAUGUUUGUCACGAUGGACCGCUACGAGGCCGACUGGAGCAUCGUGGAGCGUGGCUGGAAGGCGCAGGUGCUCGGCGACGCGCGCCACUUCCACAGCGCCAAGGAGGCCAUCACAACCUUCCACGAGGAGGACGAGAAGGUGACGGACCAGUACUACCCCCCGUUCGUUGUUGUGGACGAGCACGACAAGCCCCGCGGCACGAUCGAGGACGGCGACGCCGUGCUGUGCUUCAACUUCCGCGGCGACCGCGUGAUCGAGAUGUCGCGUGCGUUUGAGGAUCAGGACUUCCACAAAUUCGACCGCAUUCGCGUGCCGAAGGUCCGUUACGCGGGCAUGAUGCGCUACGACGGUGACCUCGGCAUCCCGAACAACUUCCUGGUGCCGCCGCCGAAGCUGACGCGCGUGAGCGAGGAGUACCUCUGCGGCUCCGGCCUGGACAUCUUCGCCUGCUCCGAGACGCAGAAGUUCGGUCACGUCACCUACUUCUGGAACGGCAACCGUAGCGGCAAGCUGGACGACGCCCACGAGACCUUCAAGGAGAUCACGAGCGACCGGGUGCAGUUCAACGAGAAGCCCAAGAUGAAGUCGGCCGAGAUCACCGAGGCCUCGAUCGAGGCCCUCAAGAGCGGCAAGUACGACGUGGUGCGCAUCAACUUCCCCAACGGCGACAUGGUGGGCCACACCGGUGAUUUGGCCGCCACCAUCGUCGGCGUCGAGGCCGUCGACCAGUCGCUGGCGAAGUUGGCCGCCGCUGUUGACAGCAUCAACGGCAUCUUCAUUGUCACGGCUGACCAUGGCAACUCGGACGAUAUGGCUCAGCGCGACAAGAAGGGGAAGCCGCUGAAGGGCGAGAACGGCAAGGUGCUGCCACUGACGUCGCACACGUUGGCCCCCGUGCCGGUGUUCAUUGGAGGCGCUGGUCUGGACCCUCGCGUGGAGAUGCGCACGGAUCUGCCGAUGGCUGGUCUGGCCAACGUCACGGCCACUUUCAUCAACCUUCUCGGCUUCGAGGCGCCGGAGGACUACGAGCCCAGUCUGAUCCACGUCGUCAAGUGA